CGCACUCGCUGUGUUUCCCAACAAUUCCAUGCGUGCCACCCACUUCUGUAUAUAGACGCACAACUUGGCGCCACGAUCAUCAGUCUUUGGUACCCUGCACAUAUCUUACCUAGUACUUACUUACUAGCAAAAACACCUUGGCCAUUCUUCAAGCUCUAUCCGUACACCAAAUCCGACGAUCACCAAUUCGAGCCCCCGCCAUGGCCGAAACACACUCUUGCGAGUCCGACUACGACGACUCCGCCGAUGAAGCCAUCACCAUCACUCUCACCCACCGCAACACACCACACACUUUCAAAUUCCCCUCGGACGGAACAAUCACCCACCUCUCCGAAGAUGUCGAAGACACCCUCUCGAUCCCCGCCUCAAAUCAAAAGUUUAUCGUCCCGAAACUCGGCCUUCUAAAGCCCCCCUUCAAAGACCCCGACAUGUCCCUCCUCGACCUACAAAACAAAAAGAUCAUGCUCAUGGGCGUCGAGGCCAAGGAAGUCGCCUCCCUCCAAGCCGCAUCCGAGUUCGCCGCAAAGCGAAACGCCGCACGCAGCGCCGCCCGCAGACAGAACCGGCCCUCGAGGAGGAGAGACCAAGGGCGCGCGCAGGCGGACAGCACCUACACCUUCCUCUCCGUCCGGCCGCUCGCAGGUCUCCCGCGUCCGGAGCGAUCCCUAGCUCUUCUCGAGAGGCUCAAGGAGGACCCGGGCAUCCGCGCCUCCAUGCGCAAGCACAAAUUCAGCGUCGGUCUCUUGACGGAGAUGGAGCCCCUGUCCAACACGCAGUCCAACCACGAGGGGACUACUCGACUCCUCGGCCUGAACCGCAAUAACGGAGAGGCGAUCGAGCUGAGGCUAAGGACGGAUGCGCACGAUGGAUACAGAGACUACAAGACGAUUCGCAAGACCUUGUGCCACGAGCUGGCGCAUAACGAACACAGCGACCACGAUCGCAACUUUUGGGAUCUUUGUCAUCAGAUCGAGCGUGAAGUUGACGCGGCGGACUGGAAGCAUGGCGGCAACACGGUCGGAGAGGGGUCUUCGUAUUAUGCGCCGGGACAAGAUGAGGAGGAGGAUGUUGAGGACCAGGGCGGUUGGGAAGGCGGAGAUUUCGUCGUGGGAGGAGGUGGUGGUGGCAACGCUGGUCUUAGCCGACGAGAGAUUCUGGCAAAGGCUGCAGAGGAGAGAGUCAAGAAGAUGAACAUGGAGAGGAGGGAUGGAGGAAAGCCCGACUCUGGCCCAUCAUCAUAGGGACUGCAUGGGGUUAUGGGGCAAUGUUGAAGCGUUCGUUUAGUGUUUCUGUUUCCCUGUUUUCUGGUUUCAGUAUUGCGCAGGCGUUGGUGGUUUGAAUGUGGGAUACAAGUUGACCUCGCCGGUCACGGGUUAGCUAGUCAACUCAAUCACGAUGAAUGUCUGCUCUCAAA